UCGCAACUGUUCGAAGUAAUUGUUAAUUCAUUAAUCAAAAUGACUUGGAUUUGUAAUUUCUGUCAACGUACUUUUACAACUAAAACUUCGCACACCAACCACGUGAAACGAUGUCUUCAAAGUGUGGCAGAAUCAUCAGAAGAAUUAAGUUUGGAAGUAAUGAUGAUCGAUAGUUUGGAUAGUUUGGAAAGCGAAAGAUUAAAUAAUGAGGAUAAUUUCGAAACAAAUACCAAUCUGCCUGAUAACUGUGUAACUCUUCGUAAUAAUGAAAAUAUGCAAGAAUUCUUUUAUAAUAAUACUGGACAGGAAGUGAGUUUGGAAAAUAUCCCUAAUUAUUUUUGGUCUUUACCAA